AUUUAUCGCAACAUUUGUUACAGUCAUUCUGGUCCAGUGCAAUCCAAGCGUCGUCGAGCGUCAUGCAGAGCAGCCCCCAGACGGCUUGGCGCGCAGCGGCAGGUGCGUACGCCACCCCAUCGUGACCGCCCGUUGUCUGCGCUCUACAACGUCGUGUCGUUGGACUUGCAACUCGUCAUAGAAAGCACCCAAUCAAUGUGUUUAUAAACAUUUCCGCGAUAUGGUAAACAAACUUGAUAAUUGUGUUUUUAUUGCUGGGCCGCAGAGAAACUCGCGUCCGCCGACUUCCUCCUGGUUGCAACAGGCGCGGGCUUUUCCGCCGACUCCUCUCUUCCAGUUUACGCAGAUAUCGCCAAUGUCGACGCCUACGAGAAGAUGGACUUGGAGUACCAGGACCUAUGCGACCCGUACAUGUUGGAGCAGGACGAGGAGCUUUUUUACGGCUUCUGGGGCAGUUGUACCAAUUCCUACCGGGACACUAAGCACCACAAGGGAUACCAAAUUUUACUCAAGUGGAGACACACACUUCGAGUCAAGGCCAGCGUCAACGGCACAGACGGGACUAAAUCUCGUUUUCAAGCUGCUUUUGAUCGACUCAAAAAGUGUCAAGCUCUUCCAGCGGGGGUGACGGUGGAUUCCGUGACGAACGAUCCAUUCUUCGUUUACACUUCAAAUGUUGAUUCGCACUUUAAGCGCGACUUUGACAGUAAAGAAGUGUAUGAGCUACACGGGAAUGUCGAGAACUGGCAGUGUGCGGGAGAUGUCGAAACUGGCGCGAGAGAACCAUGUGACAAGAUCUGGAAGUUGCCAAAAUAUUUCCGGUUUAAUCUGGACGCAGAGACGAUGAAAGCGCCUGGUGCUGAAGCCACGACAUGUCCAGAGUGUGGAGGCAAAGGCCGGCCGAAUGUUCUGAUGUUCCACGACAGACAGUGGAUCGCAAACAAGUCGGAAGAGAACGGAUACAUCGCAUGGGAAUCUGUAAUGGAACUGAUGCUACAAGAAGACCCAACUCUCAACCUGGUCGUACUGGAAAUUGGCUGUGGAACGCGGGUGCCAUCUGUUCGAAGAGAGACCGAGAUGGUUGUUGCCGAUGUCAUUGAGAGCUGCGGUCGUCCCCAGGCAACACUCAUUCGAGUCAACCUCGACAUUCCUACGUGCGACAACCCGCUCAUUGUAGUCAACAGCGGAUUCCUUCCGAUCCAAUCGAAAGGCUUGGAGGCGUUAGAAGGCAUCGAUCAAGAACUCAACAAUAUUCGACAAAAAGCCUAAUGUGUAGGGCUGAGCCGAAUUCGAGAAGUACACAGGUUUUGAUACGUUUAUAUUGCUACGGGGUUAUUGGCAUCGAGGUUGAACUCGAAGCCCUUGAACUUGUCCUGGUCUUCGGCCGAUAUUCGCUCGCCACGAGAGUUUAAACUCAGUACGUCAUCGAAGUCUUGAGCUGCUGUAUCACAAUUGGCUUUCUUCUCAUCGACGACAGGGACAAAGGGUGGAGUGAGAAUAUGUGCGAGAUAUCCGUCCCAGUCAAAGUUUCGUAACCAUUCAUGCGUUUUAAUCUCUAGUAUACCAUCAAACCCAGCACCCAAACGCUCGGACUCUUUCGGAUGUAGUAACCCUCGCAGAAACGAUCGACAAGUUUGUGACACCUUAGCGUUGAUACCAGUCGUGCUAUCCAGGAGUUCGAUCGGAUAAUAUUUGUCAUAUACACUCUCAGGGAAAUCCUUCAUCACGUCUGGACAUUUCUCGAGAUGUGAGCGAACCCCACCACUCCAAGGGCGUCUUCCGAAGAGCAAUUCAUAUGUUAACACUCCCAAACUGAAGAAAUCUGAAGGUGUUCCAUGCUCGGUAGAACCUCGGAAGAUCUCUGGAGCCAUGUAUGCCACUGUCCCGCUCCGACUUUGGAAUCGUAAGUUGGCUGUCUGUACUGAGAUGCCCAGAUCGGUGAGGCGAGGG